AUUAUUAAUUUAAUCUAAAGGGAAUUAUAAUCAUGAAGGAAAUAAACAAACAAAGGCCUAAUACAACAACAGAAAGGCUGGCCAUAUAUAACAUAGCCAAUGACUUCUUCAUGAUUCAUGAAUAAAAGUUUACAGCAUUAGCACAUUUCAGAAUCUGAGAUCUUCAAGCUUUUGGGGUUUGUAUCAUGGAAAAGAAGCCUCAUGUGAUAGUCAUACCAUAUCCAGCACAAGGCCAUGUUGCCCCGCUCAUGAAGCUGGCAUACAAACUUGCUGACCAUGGAAUCAAGGUCACAUUCGUUAACUCAGAAUCCAUACAUGGAAGAAUCAUGGCUGCAAUGCCCGAGAAUCUCGAGGAGAAAAUACCAAUAAGCCUAAUUUCAAUUUCGGAUGGAGUGGAGUCCAACCGUGAUAGAAAAGAUCGAAUCAAAAAAUUAAAGAGUAUAUCAAGUUCUAUGCCAGGCAAUCUGCAGAAAUUGAUUGAAAGUCUUAAUCAGUCGGCCAAUCAUGAUGAUCAAGUAUCUUGUGUCAUAGCAGAUUUAACACUUAAAGGAGCACUGGAAGUAGCCAAGAAGAUGGGCAUUAAGCGAGCUGGGGUACUACCUUAUGGAGUAGGAAACUUGGCCUUGCAACUACAUGCUCCAAAGCUUAUCGAGGAUGGAAUCAUAGAUGCUGAUGGAAUGCCAUUGAAAGAUGAGGUCAUCUGUCUGGCAAAAACAUUUCCUCCCUGCAAUUCAAAUGAAUUAGUAUGGAGUGUAUCAGGUGAAACAGAGAUGCAGAAAUUCAUAUUUGCACAAUUUAUUCGUGACAUUGCAGAAGCUGCCAGGAAUUCCAAUUGGCUUCUUGUCAAUUCAUUUUCUGAACUUGAGCCGUCAGCCUGUGAUUUGAUUCCUGAUGCCUCACCCAUCGGACCCUUUUGCGCAAACAAUCAUUUGGGACAACCUUUUGCUGGAAACUUGUGGCGUGAGGACUCAACUUGCUUAAAUUGGCUAGAUCAGCAACCCGAAGACUCAGUCAUCUAUGCUGCAUUUGGCAGCACAGGAGUCUGCAACCAGCAACAACUUAACGAAUUAGCAAUUGGUCUUGAGAUGAUAGGCCAGCCAUUUUUGUGGGUUGUUAGAUCAGAUUUUACAAAAGGGUCGCUCACAGAAUUCCCUGAUGGAUUCAUGGAAAGAGUAGCGACUUAUGGGAAGAUAGUUGAAUGGGCUCCCCAAGAGCAAGUGUUAGCUCACCCUUCUACUGCAUGUUUCUUUUCCCAUUGCGGAUGGAAUUCAACCAUGGAAGGUCUAACCAUGGGAAUACCUUUUCUAUGCUGGCCUUGCCUUGUAGAUCAAUUUCACAACAAGAGUUACAUAUGUGAAACUUGGAAGGUUGGUCUAGGAGUAAUCCCAGAUGAGAACGGGAUAGUAACAAGGAAUGAAAUCAAAGCAAAGAUAGAGAAAUUACUCUCUGAUAAAGAUAUAAAAGCCAACUCCCUUAAGCUGAAAGAAAUGUCUCAGAAGAGCAUCAGUGAAGGUGGAUCUUCUUUCAAGAACUUCAUAAGCUUUGUUGAACAGAUAAAGCAAUAAUGGGUGUUUUUGAUUGUUGCUGCUUCUGCAUGGGGAUAUAAAAGCUGUUUAAUUAUUAUUAUUAGUAUCAUUGGCAUCAUUAUUAUUAAUAAGGAGAUUGGAUUACCAGAGUUUGAAGCAUAUUAUACCAUCUGGUGGCUUUCAGUUGUAAUUAAAAAUAGUUUUGAAUUGAUUUUUAGUUGUUUAUUAGGAGUUUUUAUAAUUAAAUGAACUAAACUGUAAUUUAAAGUUAACCAAAAUCAAGGUAUGUAAUUUGACCUUUAAUUGCUUUUCCUUUUUCA